AUUUCUUUUUCAUUUCAUAAUCCUUUCAAUUAACCCUUAAUUUUCCUCUCUCCAUCUCCAACUUCUCAACUUUUCUUCACUCAUCUUUAUUUAUCUAUAUAUGUGUAUUAUCCAACAUCCUCAUCAGUUCCUCUCUUAUCAUUCUCUUUGGAGCCCCACAAAUGGAAAUGGAAGGCCAAGAAGCCCCACAAUUGCCCCCCCAUCUCUUCUCACCUUCCUCAUCACUGCAUCCUCCCUUUAUAGACCCUCAACUGCUUCCUCAUAUUGAUUGGGUCAGCCUUCUUUCCGGUCAGGCCGCUGUAGGAGAUGAAAGGCCUUCAACGAUUGAAAGCGCUUCUGUGAUAGCUGAGGAACAAAAGGAUAGGAGAAAGAGUGGACGACUCAUGAAGAAACAUAGUCGGCCUAGGUUCGCUUUUCAAACUAAGAGUCCCGACGAUAUUCUCGAUGACGGCUACCGUUGGAGGAAAUAUGGCCAGAAAUCUGUCAAAAACAGUGCAUAUCCCAGGAGUUACUAUCGCUGCACAAAUCACACAUGCAAUGUGAAGAAGCAAGUACAGAGGCUCUCCAAAGACACGAGCAUGGUAGUGACUACUUAUGAGGGCAUCCAUAACCAUCCUUGCGAGAAGCUCAUGGAAACUCUAACUCCUCUUCUUAAGCAGAUGCAGUUCCUCUCUAGCUUCUAACUUCACUUCUCAUCAGCUGUAAUUGAAAAUCACAAGUUCAAUGAUUCGUUCUUGGCAUUAUGCAGUUAUACAUAUAAUUCAUGUACUUACUAUUACAUGCAUACUUACAGUAACCUCGUGUUUAUCUAUGACGGACUAGCUAGAAUCACCGUCAAUACCACUUCUUUAUGCCAAUUUGUAGAAAAAUUGCUAUGUAAAAGGCCGAUUGACAGACCCAUUCUAGCUGAUCCAAACCUCAUCAGUCCCACCAAAGUUUUCAAGUCAACCAUAUGUUCCACUGCAAGAUUUUUUCAUU